CAGUGGAGCUGCUGAGCUGUAACACUUGGGAGAAACUCUUGAGAUCCGCGGCUGUGCGCGCGGGGAAGAAGAAAAUCGUUUCUUCUUUAUUAAAAACACAUAAACUUAUAGUGAAUAAUGAAGGAACUGUGCUCUGAGGCCUUGCUGCUGUCCUUUGCACAUUUAUGUUUCCUCUGUAGUUUUCUGGACGGGGCUCGCGCUCAGGAGGCUGCAGGUGAUGGUGAUGGUGAUGCGCUCCGGCGGGGGUUGACAUGGCAACAUAACGGGCAGGUUUUUAGCAUCCUGAGCCGCGGCUCUCAGUACCGGCCGUCCAGCAGGAGGCAAAGCGGGUCGCCCCGCCGCGGUAACCCUGUGGUCGUCCUCAGCAGCAGCAACGACACGGUCUCCGCCGCGUCCCGGAGCUCCCCGCGGGUCCCCGCCACCAGCGACACUGCGCAAUUGCGCGCAAUGAUGCGCCAGCCGCGGCCUCAGGAGACAACGUCCGGCGGCGAAGGGGACUCUGCCCCGGUCCGACGGGAGGACAUGAUGGUCGGAGAUGAUCCGUACAACCCGUACAAACCCUCUAACUAUUACCCUUAUUAUAACUACUACAACUCGUACUACAGACCCAGACCCAGGACUCAGCCCCGGCACGGAUACGGAACCAGCUACCACCAGAACGGUCUCCCUGAUCUGGUUCCUGAUCCAUACUACAUCCAGAUCGGCACCUACGUCCAGAGGAUGCCCAUGUACAACCUGCGCUGUGCUGCCGAGGAGAACUGCCUCGCCUCCUCCUCCAGUUCCUCUCAGGAUUAUGACACCAGAGUUUUGUUGCGGUUUCCUCAGAGGGUGAAGAACCAGGGCACAGCAGACUUCCUGCCCAGUAAACCUCGAUAUGCGUGGGAGUGGCACAGCUGUCAUCAUCACUUCCACAGCAUGGACGAGUUCAGCCUGUACGAGCUGCUGGACGUCCACACUCAGAGGCAGGUAGCUGAGGGUCACAAGGCCAGCUUCUGUCUGGAGGACACUUCCUGUGACCCGGGAUACUACCGCCGCUUUGCCUGCACCUCACACACUCAGGGUUUGAGUCCGGGUUGUUACGACACCUACAACGCUGACAUCGACUGUCAGUGGAUUGACAUCACAGACGUCUCUCCUGGAAAAUACGUCCUCAAGGUGACGGUUAACCCUCGGCAGCAAGUUCCAGAGUCCAACUUUAACAACAACGUAGUUCGAUGUGAUGUCCAGUACACCGGCACCGCUGCUCACGUGUCUGGAUGCACCAUGACAUCCUACUGAGAGGAAUCCUGCAGUAUGAGCUUGAAGACGAACACAAACGGAGGAAAUGGGAAACGUUACAGAAGAAUGAAGCUUAAAGUUACACGUGACUUAACAAUUCAAUUAUAACCAGAUUAAAAACUGAUCAUUAAAAGU